AUGGAGUCAAAGGCUGUGCCUGGGUCACCUACUUUUCCUGCUCAUGUGAGUGAGAAGGAAGUGAAGAAGGCAUCGGAGCUGGGCUUUCACACAGCACAGUGCUGCCAGAUCUUUGAGCCCAACAUGGCAUGGUCAGCGGGCGCUGGCGCCACUGGGGUGAGCGCCCUCAGCGGCGCCGGCCCCUCCUCCCUGCAGGCCCGCCAGCGCCCCAGCUGUGCGGGGGCGCACCCCGGAAGCUGCUCUGGCGCCCUGGGCAGAGGGACCUGCCAGUCGUGUACUAGGAAACACCGCCUCCCGGGGGCAGUGGCUUCCUUCUGCACCUCGACGGCGGCAGAUUCCGGGCGAUUGGCCGGGGCCGCUCGGCUCCUCGGCCCGACUCCCGCCUCGCUGGCGUCGGUCCCGGAGCCCCCUGCGCCCUGCCCGCCGCCCCCUGUCCCAGGCGGGGAGCUGGCGGGGCCGGGGCCGGGAGCCCCGGGGGGCCACCGCGUCUACGCGCGCCGCUGGAUCGUCCUGCUGGUGGUCAGCCUGCUCAGCUGCUCUAACGCCACGCUCUGGCUCAGCUUUGCACCCGUGGCCGACAUGGUAGCCCAGAGCUUCUUCCUCUCCACGGACCAGAUCAACUGGCUCUCUUUGGUCUACCUGGUGGUGUCUAUCCCAGCUGGGGUCGUGGCCAUCUGGUUUCUGGACACUGUCGGGCUCCGAUGGGCUACUGUCCUGGGUGCAUGGCUGAACUUUGCUGGGAGUGUGCUGCGUGCCCUGCCCUGUGUGGUCCCCAGGACCCGGGACCCCUUUGCCUUCCUCAUGGCGGGACAGAGUCUCUGCGCCCUGGCCCAGACCCUGGUCAUCUUCUCUCCGGCCAAGCUGGCUGCGCUGUGGUUCCCUGAGCAUCAGCGAGCCACAGCCAACAUGAUCGCCACCAUGUCAAACCCCCUGGGCAUCCUGGUGGCCAACCUGCUAUCGCCUGCUCUAGUCAAGAAGGAGGAAGACAUCCCCAUCAUGAUGGGCAUCUACAUUGUUCCCGCUGGCCUUGCCUGCCUGCUGGCCACUGUGUGCCUCUGGGAGAGUGUGCCACCCACCCCGCCCUCUGCAGGGGCCUCCUGCUCCACUUCACAGAAGUUCUUGGUGGGACUGAAGCUGCUCUCAAGGAACAGAGCCUACAUCCUGCUGGCCAUAUGCUUUGGGGGAGCCAUUGGGAUCUGCACCAGUUUCUCAGCACUCCUGGAGCAGGUGCUCUGUGUCAACGGCUAUUCCAAUGACUUGGCGGGGCUCUGCGGGGCUCUCUUCAUUGCAUUCGGGAUCCUGGGAGCACUUAUGCUCGGCCUCUAUGUGGACCACACCAAGCACUUCACUGGAGCCACCAAGAUCGGCCUCUGUCUGACCUCUGUGGUCUGCGUGGCCUUUGCCCUGGUGUCCCAGCUGCGGGGACAGGCUCUCGCUCUGGCUGCCAUCUGCUCGCUGCUUGGGUUCUGUGGCUUCUCGGUGGCGCCCGUGGCUAUGGAGCUGGCGGUUGAGUGCUCCUUCCCCGUGGGUGAGGGGGCAGCCGCAGGCCUGAUCUUCGUGAUGGGGCAGGUGCAGGGGGUGGCCAUCAUGCUGCUGCUGCCCGCCUUGGCUGUGCGUCGUGCAGGCCCAUCCUACUCCACUUGUCAGGAUGGUCAGGAGCCCCUGGACUGGAGUGUGUCCAUGCUGGUGCUGGCUGGCCUGUGCACCCUCUUCAGCUGUGUCUUGGCGCUCUUCUUCCACACUCCAUACCGGCGCCUGCAGGCAGAGGCCAGAGCAAGCCCCUCCGUCCAGAGCGAUGAUGCAGGGCCGGCAACCUCGGAAAACCCCCACGCCUAGACCUGGGUCUCCCGGCUCACUGCCCUGCCAUGCCCCUCUCACCCCUCCCAAGACGAGGCUGCGAGAGAUGGGGAGUGGCCUCCACAGAGGUGCACGGGCACACAUGUGGCGUGGGGGGAUGGGUUCUGCUGCCUUGCCACAGCUGAGCCCAGUCCAGCACCCUGCAGACCCUGGCCUGCCCAGGGGAUGCCGUGUGGACGGGAGCCCAGGUGCUGAGGGUCCUGGGACUGUCAGCGGGGAAAGGUCCCCACUCCUUCCCUGUGGGCCUCCUGCCUGAGGAAUCUGUGAAGCCCAGGGACGGAGCCUUGGGGCUGCUGCAGUGCUGUGGAGCCCCCUCUGCACUGCGCCCACUGCACCUGCAGUCGCUGGCUGCGGGUGCGUCUCUCUGACAGUCUUGGCUUCCCCAGCCGCAAGCAAGGCCCUUGUGGAGGGGUGUGGUCACGUGCCCUAACCUGGGGACCCUUUGGCUGAGCUAAGGGGGACAGUUCCUGUCCUGGUAUACCUCUCCCCUUUGAACUCCUGGAGCUGCAUCUGCUCAGAGUUGGAAAAAAAUGAGGGGUGACCUGCUGGGAAGAAGCCCCCUAUUCUGUUCACUCAUGUCGCUGGCCUGAGAUGAGAAAGCCCAGCCAAGUGUCCCCAAGCUGUUGGGGAUACCUGAGUGCACCCGAGUGUCAGGGAGCUUUCUUCAGGGAAGGGUGCACAGCACUUGGGGACCGGGAGGUGGUGGUUGCAGCUGGCGGCCUGGACACACCAUGGGGCUCAUCCUGAAGGGCUUUCCCCGGUCUUUGGUCCAGUGAACACUGCUGCCCACUGAGUGUCCAGAAGUCCACAGAUGGUGGCCUUGCUGCUAGGGUCCCCUGGUUGUGAAGACCAAAACCCCGUGGACACACCUCUCCCUCCUGUCUCCCCACGAACACAUGUGCAAGCAAUGCAAACACACACGUGCCAGAUGCGCUCGUACUUGCCCAGUGCACAGGCACAUGCCAGUGAGUGCCCUCCCCUUCAGGCAGCCUGUCCUGAGCCCCUCCCAGUCCCCAGGACAGCCUGGACUCUGGCAGCUACUUCUGACAAGGACAGACUCAGGCUGCUAGGAGCAGACAACCACAGUGAGCUUGAUGGUGGCCAGGAACUUGGUGUCCCCAUCCGGCCUGCCCAGCAAGGGUGCUGAGCAGCCUAUAUACUGGGGCUUUGUUCUCACACAAGCUGAGGGCCGGGAGGGACCUUGGCCGUAUUUGCACAAAGUCUGGGUCAGUGGCCCUGGUGGCUGUCACCACAUUCCUGUGUGGUUCCACUGUCUCGCUUCCCUACUUUCUUGAAGAGGUUAGCAGGGCCCUCACCCUGGCCCUGGGCUGCCCCCUCCCACACUGGGAGUGUGGAUGUAUAGGGCCAGGCCACCAGGAGCACCUGGGUCGUGUUCCCUAGAGGGCUCCAGGCCUCUGCCAGAGAGAAAAUGUAGCUUGGCCAGGGAGCACCUGAACGCGCCAGCCCUCCAGCUGGUGGUCUGGUGAGAUGCCUGCAGCAGUCCAUCUGGACUGCAGGAGUGGGCACAGCUGACUGCACAGGGUGGGCACCAGGUAAAAGGGCAGGAUGGGCACAGCUGAGAGGGAAGGGUGGUUAUUUGUGCUCAGAGGCCCAGAGACCCGAGGGCUGAGCACAACUGAGUCCUGUUGCAUCCAGAGCUCAUGGCUAGUCAGGAUUCACAUGGGGGGUGCAGGGAUGUGAGCAAGAGUCCCAGGGACUGGGCCAAGACUCCUGCUGGUCACUGUCUCCAGCCUGGUAGCAAAUACUGGUAGGUGGCCCCUCUUCAGGCCCUCAGUUACUUUUGACUCUGGAAGCAGGAGUUGCUGAGGGGUCCAGUUUAAAAUCCAGGUAGGGCUGGGUAGGAGAGAUAGGGGAUGGUUCUUGCCUUGCAAGUGGCACACCCAGAUUCAUUUCCCCGACAGCACACAGGGUCCCUAAGGUCCACCAGGAGCGAUCCCUGAAUGCAGAGUAACCCCUGGAGUACUACUGUGGCCCAACGUUAAAAGGGGAAAAAAAACUGGGGGCUGGGGUACAGCAGGUAGGGCGUUAGCCUUGCACGCAGCUGACUGCCAGGUUUGAUCCCCAGCAUCCUAUAUUGUCUUCUGAGCACCGCCAGGAGUAAUUCUGAAGUGCAGAGCCAGGCGUAACCCCUGAGCAUUGCUGGGUGUGACCCCCAAAUGCCAAAAAAAUAAAAGCAAAUCCAGGAACAGUGAUAGGAACAAAGGGAAGAAGGCUGUAGGAGAUAUUAUCACCAGGGUGGGUCCUGAAUAUGACUGAGAACCUAAACAACUGAGAUAACUAAAGAGAAUCUUCUCAAAAUCCUGUUUUUUAAAAAAACUACUUUAUUUUAGGCACCAUGGCUCACAAUAUUGUUAGUGCUAGGGCUCCCUGCAGAAAUCAGUCUAGCACGCCACUCUGCACCGGAGGAAAUGCUUCCUUCCUACCUGUUUUACAUGAACCCCCACCCCAUUGAACCAAGUGAAAAGUGUUCACCCUUAAGAGCGGCAAGGUUUCACCUUUCUCUGAAGCCCUGCGGGAGGGGAGCCCUUCUUUAAAAUAAAAUAUUUUGGGGCUGGAGCGAUAGCACAGCGGGUAGGGCGUUUGCCUUGCAUGCGGCCGACCCGGGUUCGAUUCCCAGCAUCCCAUAUGGUCCCCUGAGCAUCGCCAGGGGUAAUUCCUGAGUGCAUGAGCCAGGAGUGACCCCUGUGCAUUGCCGGGUAUGACCCAAAAAGAAAAAAAAAUAAUUAA